UUUACAUCGCUCCCUCUCGCUCGCACUCUUUUCGCUCGUAAUUUUUUGUAUGUUUUUUUUUCUGUGCGGCGCUCUUCUUGUGAAAGAAAAAAGAAUUGUAAAAUAAACGCCUCAAUGGCGUUGUAAUUAAAUUGCAAUUGUAAAUCACAAAAGGGCGGGUCUGCAAGUGCAAGUGCAACAUGUGCGAUUGGCGAAACAUAAACAAAAGCAGCGAAAUCGGAAGCAGCCGCAGCAGCAACAACAACAUGGCCUCCACUUCUUGAUGUUGACGUCAACAAAGUGAAAUUGAAAUCCAAUCAAAGAAGCCAAGCGAGGAGAGGAGUAUUCGAAUUGCCUAGCAAGAGCAGCAGCAACGAAGGAGAAGGAGUAGGAGGAGAAGGAUAGGGAUAAGUCACCACCGGAGAAAGUAUCCCAGCAGGAGGAUCCUGUGGAUCCCAUCACCAUGUACUCGGAAUGGGCCUCGCUAUCCGCCCAGAUCACGGCCAAUAGCUGUGGGGCUCAGUGCUUCAGUGUGCUCAACAAGUUUCCCGCCUCCGCCGGCCGCGAGGUGGUCGUCUCUGUGGUCAAGCAGCUGGGCACCAAUCUGGGAAUCACACAGAAUGCCGAGCCCAGUCACCUGGUUAAAGAUGAGGAGGUGAAAUGGUGCAUGGACGUCAUUUGCUUUGGCCUAUCGCUGCCCCUGCAGGAGCACGAGACCAUCAAGGACUGCGUCAAUGUCUACUGUGAGUGGCUAACGGCUCUGCAUCCGCAGCCGAGGAUCAGUGUGCCCAAGCCCAUAUGCGAGGAUGCCAAUCUGUAUGCCCGCCAGAUCAUCAAUCACUUCCACAACCUGUUUGUGCCGCGGCAGGGCGAGAUCUUGCCAUUUCUAUACCAAACCACGCUUGGUGCCGAUACCAUCAAACGACAGGCGGUUCUAUGCCAUCGGGUGCUCCGAACCCUCCAGCAGACGGCACAAAUCUCUCAUUUGAUGGACCGACAGACUUGGGACACCCUGCUCCUCUUUCUGCUGGCCAUCAAUGAGAUUCUACUAGCACCGCCCACCGUCAAGGACGAUGUGGGUGAUCAACUGUGCGAACGGGUGCUUUCCGUGCUUUUUGAGGUCUGGCUGCUGGCCUGCGUCAGGAGUUUUCCCUCGCCAUCGAUGUGGAAGACGCUGCAGGAAUCGUGCGCCAUGUGGCGACAUCGUGUGGCCCUUGUCGAUCAAUGGAAUCGGGUGAAUCUGGCCCUAACCUCGCGCCUCUUGGAGUUUAGCUAUGGUCCCGCAUUUCCCCAGCUCAAAAAUGCCGAAGAGGAUGGACAGUUGAUACCUGUGGGCAUGUCCAACGAUUGUGUGGCCCAGACCUGGUAUCGAUUCCUCCGUAUGAUUGGCAAUCCCACGGCUCUCUGUUCGCCGCAUAUCAUUAGCAAAUCAUCACACUUUGUUCAGUGGGCCUUGACCCACGAAAAGGGAGCCGAAACACAUCAGCAUCCAUGCUUGCAGCAGCUGCCGCAGAUCUUUCUCAAUGCCAUGAAGGGCAUAUCCAGCCAGGUGGACGCAUUUCUGGGCAUUUAUCAGGCGCCGCCGCAGCAAACGGAGGGCGUGGUGACCAAUCUAAUGGAAAUUCGUCAUUCGCUGAACGAGGCCACCUCCUCGACUCUGCAGCAGUUUAUCCACUCGAGCAGCGCCACAAAUAUAGCGAAUCAUCAUCAGCAGCAGCAGCAGCAUCAUCACCACCAUCAUCUUCACUAUCCACACUUGCAUUUACAUGGCGCCGGUAGCUUUCUGCGCGACAAUUUCAUGAGCAACUCGGCCAGCUCUGCUCUGAACGCCAUUAUGGGUCAUCAUGGCCACCACCAUGGUCACCACCAGCAGCACCAGCAGCAGCAACAGCAGCUCCAGAUCAACGCCUCGCCCACGACAAGUCUGUCUGCUUCGGUUGGUGCCUCCGCUGUGGGCAGCACCAGUGCCGGUGGCAGUCACUCUGCCGGAGUCGUUGGCAGCAUCUCCUUUGGCCAUACGGAACCGGCCUCUGUUUCAGCCACGCCCACGCCGCCAUUGCAGCGACGACUGGCCAAGAGCUUCAGCGUGGCGCCAACCAUCACACAGCAGAAGGGCCUAAGCAAGACCUCGCUUAUCGGUCUCACCGGCGGCGGCGGCGGCGGCGGCAGUGCACGCAAUGCGAUCAGCAGCAGCAGCACCAUCUCGAGCACUAGCGCUGCCGCCAGCACCACCACCGCCAGCACCAUUGCCUCCGCCAACAACUCCACUGCCGCUGUUGGCCCUGGCAUAGCCAUGGGCUCGGGACCAACCGUGAGCCUGGUACCGGGAUCGGGCAGCGGAGCUGCUCCUGCCCCGGCGCCCACAACACCCACAUCGACCUCGGGUCCGCCGUCGGCGAGCAGCAGCAUCAACUCUCUGCCGCUGACUUCGAUGGGAGCUGGCGUUGAGUUGGCCGUGGCCAGGCCCAAGUGCAACAGCAUUCUCCACGUAUUCCACGAGUGGCUCUUCGAGGCGGCGCACAUAGGCGGCGACACUUGGCGCCAGAAUCGCAAGAAGCAAGCAUGCGAGGCCAGUAAGCGACCCUCGUCAAUGAUCAUGGAGCAUCGCAAGGGUUCCAUUUCACUAUCGCAGCCCAACUCCCUUAACGAUCCGCAAUCGCUGCCGCCAACGCUGACCAUUGACAAGUAUGAAUCCGGGCGGGCCGAGGCCAUUGGCACCCUAUGCAAGAUCUUCUGUGCCAAGAAGACCGGCGAGGAGAUCCUGCCCGUCUAUCUGGCUCGCUUCUAUAUGGCCCUGCAGCAGUGCCUGAAGAUUACCGAGUCGCGGGAGUGCGACGAGACGCUGGCCAGCAUCCUGCUGCAUUCGAGCGACCUCUUUCGGUUGGAUUUGGAUGGUAUAAAUGUCCUGCUGCCGGGCUUUAUAGCCGCCUUGGAGAUUGUGCUGCCCGACAAGGACCUUAAGCUGAAGACCCAAUCGAUGGCCUUCAAUCGCACAGAGCUGCGCCGCUCGGCCAUCAACAUACUGCUGUCCAUAAUGGUGCUGCCGCUGCACUAUCAGACGCUGCCCAUCCGGGAUCUGGUUACCAGCGAAACGAGCGAGAAAAUAUUCACCUUCAUCCAGCUCAAGUCUCGGCUUAUGAACAUCCUGAUGAAUGCCCUCCAGGUGGAAACGGAUGCCCAGAACACACACAUGCUGCUGGGUGGCCUCUUGCUAUGCGUCCAGGAUGCCGUGACCUUUGAGGAAACGGAACUGGGCGGCGCCAACAUGUCCCACAAUUCCAGUGGCGUGCAGCACCAGCACCACGAGGCCAAUUUGCUUAGCUCUGCUUGCUCGGAGCGUUCCGUUUCGCUGGUCAGCGCUGGUACGGCCAGCUUGAGCGGCCAGACGACGGCCACCAUGGGCGCGGGCUCGGGCUCUAUUCGUGACACGGCCUCCUCGGCCCAUGAUUACCCCAGCCUGACCAUAUCCGAUGACAUGUCGUUUGAGUUCGGCCAGGAGCUGGACAGUGGCACUACCUACGAUAAUGCACACGCCUUGUUUGUACGGGCCACGUACUUGGUGUGCCACCGUUUGAUCUCGUCGUGGAAAACGGAUCUGAAUGUAUCGCUGGCUGCCUUGGAACUGCUCUCUGGCCUGGCCAGGCUGCACAUUCGGGAGACAGACACCUUAGUGAGAAUAUACGAAGCUAGUCAGAAUCUAACGAUAAUCUCCUCAGACGCUCUAGAGUGCAAGCGGGCCGUGAAGUGGAUCUGCGACUAUAUCUGCUACCAGUGCUCCCGGCCGCCUCCUGCGCACAGCAAGGAUCUGCAUAGCACCAUUGUGGCGGCCUUCCAGUGCACCGCCGCCUGGCUGAUGCAGCAUCCGUAUCUGCUGCAGGACAAGGACUGCCUUCAGACGGUGCUCGAGGUGGUUGAGCUGGGCAUUUCGGGCACCAAGAGCCAGAGCAAGGGCGGUGACAUACCCAAGUUCAAGGACGAGAAGGAGCUGAAGCCCGCCUCGAUGCGGGUGCGGGAUGCAGCGGAGAAUCUGCUGACCAUUAUACUGGAGCAGGUUGGUUACUUUCCCAGCGAAUGCGGGCCCGAGUCCAUAUCCUCGCUGCUUGACGAGGUGGCCCUCAUGAAGCACUGCAACUCGAUGGUGCCUGCGGCGGCGGCUAGCAGUGAGCAGGCGAUUGCCAAGUUCAAGUAUUUUGUGACGGAGAAUUCCACGAUUUUGGCCCUGCUGGAGGAGCCGCUGGGCAAUGACCAGGAUCCGCAGCCAACGGUUACGCUGCUCAUUCGCGGUCCCUUCGGUCGGCAUGCCUGGACCAUGCAGCUGCGCCACUUGCCCCGCAGCAAGUCGGGCAUCAAGUACCAUGCCGUCAAUCCUGGCAGACCCAUACCCAUGAACGAUGUCAGCCAGCGGCCCGAGUGCGAGCAGAAGAACUUCCCCGAGGGUGUGGACAAGGUGCAGCCCUGCGUGGCGGACUACUCCAUUCCAACCAUCGAACAGAUACGCGAACAGUAUGGCUCGGGCAGCAUCCGGGAGCUGGAGGCCAUGCUGGAGAACCAGAGCAUCCACGAGAAGCUGGCCUGGGCGGAGGCGGACACCAGUGCCGAUAGCCUGUCGCAUGCCCAGGAAUGUGUGCCGCCGGCGGUGUGCCACGAGUUCCAUGCGGCGCGCCUCUUUCUCUCGCAUUUUGGUUUCCUUGGCUUCGAGACACGCAAUCCGCACAAUCCGGCCGAGUCGCUGGGCACGCCGCCGCAGCGACCACUGAUUGUGCUGGACACCAAGUCGACGGCCUUUGCCGCCGAUCUGGAGCGGCUGGACAAGCUGAGUGCGCGGACCCAUGACACGGUCUAUGUGUUCUAUGUGAAGUCGGGUCAGACAAGCGCCCAGCAGAUAAUUGGCAACAUGGCCGAGGAGCAGGGAUCUGGUCGGGAUCCGCAUUUCGCCAGCAUGCUGCAGACCCUGGGCUGGCCCGUCCAGGUGGCGGAACACUCGGGCUGGACGGGCUUUGUCCACAACUCGUGGUCGCUCAAGGGAACGCCCGAGGAGCAGGUGGUGACCCAGGCGGCAGCCAAUGAACUGAACUACAAUGGCUCCCAGCGGGUGAUCUAUUGGGCGGAUGUCUCCUCGGAAAUUGCCUUUGUGGUGCCCACCUCAUGGAAUCUGCGGCACAACAGCGAUGCCAACGAUACGGGCAGCAUUUCCUCCUCCUCCCACCCGGAUCAGGUCAGUGGCUCCAGCAAUGUGUGGGACACAAUGGAAGGUCGUGAUGGUCAGGGUUUGGCCAAAUCCAAGUCAAGGAAUCUCAGUCUGGAGCUCGAUAUGACGCGCAACAGGGAUGCCAAGGAGCCAGUGCCUCCUACGCGGCGGAAAGGCAAUGUGACCAAGCCCACGCUGCUGGCCCAGGCGCCGGCCAAGAUCUUUCUGGUGUGGCUGGAGAGCUACGAGGAUUACCUGAACUUUCCCCUGGAAGAUAUGCUCGCCUAUACGCGGACCGGCGAGGAACUAAACACGCUCCAGCUGCCCCGCGCUUCCGACUGUCACGUGAUCUUUGUUCACUCGCUGCUCUCGGGACUGCUGCGGGUGAAGCUGCAGGGUCCGCCCGGCAGGAUGAGCUUUGCCACACCGCUGGUGGAUGGCAUGGUGCUGAGUCGGCGGGUCGUGGGGAAUCUGGUGCGGCAGACGGCCUUGAACAUAUCACGCCGACGGCGAUUGGACAAUGACAACUACCAACCGCCGCAUGUGCGACGACGCCUCAAGGUGCAGGACAUUGUCCUCAAGUACAAAAUGGAUCUGAGCGAGGCCGAGCUGCUGGCCCAUCUCUUCCAGCGUGCAAUCUAGCCACCGGGCGAUCGAAAGUAUUAUAUAAAUAUAUAUAAAUAUAUUAAACAGCGUGGGACUAGCGCCAGAGGGGUGCUCCUCCCCUGCCCUAUCCUAUCCUGUCCUGUAUUAACAUGUGUGUGUUUGCUUGUAACUAAAAAAAACCAGAAAAGCUGAUCCCUAAUCGGUGUCCACUGAGUGUCCCCCGAAACACAGGCCGUAUGCUAAUUUUAUUCACUUUUUUUUGCUAA